UACCGCCAACACAUGUGCACACACCCCACAUCAACCACCUCAUCAUAUUGUCCCCAACCCUAGCUAGAAUACCAUCUCAUCGAUUUUAACCUGUAAACACACACACAACACAAGAAAAACAGCACAUCAUUAUUUGCAUAUGUACCUGGCUCAGCUUAGCUAGCAGCAAAGCCCACACAAGCACAGAGACACACACUCCAGAGAAACACAGGCCAAGAAACCGCAGAAAAGCAACUAGCCAUGGGGGUGGAGAUCCUGAGCUCAACGGGGGAACACUCCUCCCAGUACUCUUCCGGAGCCGCGUCCACGGCGACGACGGAGUCAGGCGUGGGCGGACGGCCGCCGACUGCGCCGAGCCUACCUGUUUCCAUCGCCGACGAGUCGGCGACCUCGCGGUCGGCAUCGGCGCAGUCGACGUCGUCGCGGUUCAAGGGCGUGGUGCCGCAGCCCAACGGGCGGUGGGGCGCCCAGAUCUACGAGCGCCACGCCCGCGUCUGGCUCGGCACGUUCCCGGACGAAGACUCUGCGGCGCGCGCCUACGACGUGGCCGCGCUCCGGUACCGGGGCCGCGAGGCCGCCACCAACUUCCCGUGCGCGGCCGCCGAGGCGGAGCUCGCCUUCCUGGCGGCACACUCCAAGGCCGAGAUCGUCGACAUGCUCCGGAAGCACACCUACACCGACGAGCUCCGCCAGGGCCUGCGGCGCGGCCGCGGCAUGGGGGCGCGCGCGCAGCCGACGCCGUCGUGGGCGCGGGAGCCCCUUUUCGAGAAGGCCGUGACCCCGAGCGACGUGGGCAAGCUCAACCGCCUCGUUGUGCCGAAGCAGCACGCCGAGAAGCACUUCCCCCUGAAACGCACGCCGGAGACGACAACGACCACCGGCAAGGGGGUGCUUCUCAACUUCGAGGAUGGCGAGGGGAAAGUGUGGAGGUUCCGGUACUCGUAUUGGAACAGCAGCCAGAGCUACGUGCUCACCAAGGGAUGGAGCCGCUUCGUUCGGGAGAAGGGCCUCGGUGCCGGCGACUCCAUCGUGUUCUCCUGCUCGGCGUACGGUCAGGAGAAGCAGUUCUUCAUCGACUGCAAGAAGAACAAGACGAUGACGAGCUGCCCCGCCGAUGACCGCGGCGCCGCAACAGCGUCGCCGCCAGUGUCAGAGCCAACAAAAGGAGAACAAGUCCGUGUUGUGAGGCUGUUCGGCGUCGACAUCGCCGGAGAGAAGAGGGGGCGAGCGGCGCCGGUGGAGCAGGAGUUGUUCAAGAGGCAAUGCGUGGCACACAGCCAGCACUCUCCAGCCCUAGCAUAUGUAUGUCUGCGGAGAAGUAUAUUGAUGGCUACCUAAACCUGAGCCAUUGGAGAUCUGUUUGAAGUGGAAAAGAUUGAAUGCCAUCUAUGUUUGCAUGCGUACAAGUAAGAAGUAAUAUAUUUGAUUUGAAUACUUGUUGGUCUUGGAUUUUGUUGUAGUUGACUAGAUUUGUUCGUGCACAUCGCUAAACUUCUCCAUUGCUUUAUCAUGUUUUGUAAGAAAAAUACCUACCCGGUAUCCAAGAGGUAUGUAUAUAUGCUUUUUCUGUGAAUGUAAGUAUAUUCUUUAAAACAUGUUAUGCGAACUAGUGGUUUCCUACAAAUGCUUUUCAUGCAAAUAACUUUUUCUAACAGAGACUACAACAAAGGGUAUUAAGCAGAACCUAGCUAGAUCAGUUAUUUGUAUGUACUUAUUUCAUAAGAGUCUCGCUUAAAUUUCUGAUAGAAGUAUUUCACAUCAAUAUAUGAAAGCUUCUACCUCUGAUUAAAAGCUAGCAUUCUUUGCAUAAGGAGCCCACCGUGCUGAUUAAAACGUCAUUUUCUUAUUUAUUUUUAAUAAGUGCAUCCAUGAAGUUUAAUUUACACACACUAUAAAUUAAAAUUAAUGCAGUGAAGUCAUGGGUGUACUCAUGUUAUAAUAUGUUCGCUUGCGAAAAUGAAAAACAAAUCAACGUACAUUUUAUGAUAGCCACAAUGUUAGUUAUACUUGAGAACUGAUUAAUUUUUGGUAUUUUACAUGCACAUUUAUCAUAUUUCUAUGCUGUAUUUUUUAGGAUAUUUGAUGCACAAGUAUGGUCAAUCAUGUUUUGCACACAAAUAUGGUUUUUGAGGAUCUUUGAUGCACACGGAAACUGAGCACACAAAUUACAAGUAUUUUUCUUUGUAUAUACAUACUUAGAUAGCCUUCAUUUUUGUUGUUUUAAAUAGAUGUCCCAUCUCUGCUUUAUUCCAAUAUAGUCCCUCCAUUUAAGACCUUUUAGAGAUUUUAAUAUGAAUUAUAUACGAAUGUAUAUGGACAUAUUUUAGUGUGUAAAUUCACUUAUUUUACUCUGUAUGUAGUUCAUAUUAAAAUAUCUAAAAGGCUUAUAUUGA